AUGAAGUCACAUAAAUUUCGAGAAGAAUCGAAUAUGAACGCAACAACACUCCACGAUGCGAUCACGACAGUAAUAAAUCCCGACAGCAACAACAAUGGAAACACUCUGAACGGUGAAGCAGAAAGUUGGAAACCUAAAAAAAUAACUGCUCUUUCCAAGAGAAAAAAAUUGUCAAUGAAAUUGUUAGGAGAUGUUUCUAGCUAUGAUGAAGGCGAAUUAUUGAGUUUGUUUGAUGAGGCAGAAUCGCAAGGAAACAUUACGCUCAUGAUGAAGAUAUUGAAUAGGCUUAUUGAAUGCAAAAUUAUAUAUUUUGAUUUUAUGCAUCGAAUGAUGAAUGUUUAUUACAAAUAUGGAAUUGCAAAUGUAGAGCAUAGUUCUGUGAACAAUAAGAAAGAAGUGGAGCGAAAAGAAACAAGUCAAGAAUCGGAUAUUUACAACCAAUAUUCACAUAUUAUUGAACUGUUUCAGUAUUUGAUUGAAAUGGGAGAUACUUUGUCACAUAGAUCUCACGUUUGCGAUACGAUAGCUGUUUGUCUGUACACAAUUUUCAACAAACUUGAUGUAGACACAUAUGGAUUCAUAGAUGGUGUAUAUAUUUCCAAAAGUAGUGCCAAAAGCGUGUUAUUAACCGCACCACUUGUUUUUGAAAAAUCUCUAGAAUUCCUAAAGCAAGCUCUGAACACUGAUAAUUUUAAUUCUAAUUCUGAAAAGAUGAAUUGUUACAGACACUUUCAAGAGUGUUAUUACUUGUAUGGACACCGACUUACAUCUAAGGCGGAUUUCAAUAAGGCCUUUGAAAUGUAUUGCAAAGGAGUCGAGUGGGUAAAGCUUGAAUUUCAUGGCUCGCCGAAUACCUCUGGUCGUAAUGUUAAGGAUUUCAUUUCUAACCAUAGCGUUGUGUCCAAGAUGGUGCAAAGUGUGAAAUCAGAUUUCGAGCAAAGCUCUCAAUAUUUGACCAAGUUCGAGCAUGUCAUUCAGUCUGCUGAAAUUACGCCCCAAUGUGUAUGUUCAACAUGCAGACAAUAA